AUGGCCGGGAGAAACAACAAUAACAAUGAUAUGAAUGAGGUAGUAAGGCAAUUAGCUAUUGUAGCUCAACAGUUAGCUGAAAGGAAUAAUAAUAACAAUCCUGACCUUGCUGGGGAGUUGUUUAAGCAGAUAGCCCAAAGCAAACCUCCUACCUACCAGGGAGAACCUGACCCAACUGUCCUUGAAAACUGGCUGAUAGAGUUUGACAAGUUGUUUGUGGUAAUAGCAUGUCCUAAUGAGUCCAAAGUGAGUAUAGCAGCUUAUUACUUAAGGGGUGAAGCAGAUCUGAAGUGGCAGCAGAAUGAACAAGCUGUGAGAGCAUUACCUAAAUUUAGAUGGAAUGUGUUCAAGGAGCAAGUGAGGGAUAAGUUAUACCCUAUAUUCUUGCAGAAGCAGAAAGCUGAUGAGUUCUUGGAACUUAAGAUGGGGAGUAUGUCGGUAACUGAGUAUUACACUAAGUUUAUUGAGCUGUCUAGGUUUACUGAAGGUACUGUGGCUACUGAUAGGCAGAAAGCUAGAAGGUUUGAGAGGGGAUUGCCUCUUUCUCUCCAAAGAAAAUUGUCAGGACAAGUGUUUUACAAUUUGGAUGAGUUGGCAUAUGAGUAUUUCUCCAAGAAUAAAGGGGGUCAAGGAAACAACCAAUUUAAGGGUAGUGGACAAAAUUGGAAUCAGCAGAAAGGAGGUCAAGGGAGUAAUGGGAAUCAAGUGAACAAGGGGACGCAGUUUCAGAAUGGAAAUAAGAAUACCAAUAGUGGUAACACACAAGUCAAGGGUGGAACACCGGGAAAGCUUAUUGUGAUGGGUUCGCGUAAGGCUUACGUAGCGAGAGAUGUCAUUACCGGUACAUGUUCUAUAAACUCAGUUUCUGUUAAAGUUUUGUUUUAUUUUGGUGCAACAUAUUCUUUCAUUUCUAAAGCUAUGCUUCCAAAACUAUCGCAUUGUCUGAAAAUUGUAGAAGACAUAGAUAUUCCUAUAGAACUUCCAAAUGAGGGUGUAGUUCAUUGUACUAGGGUCUAUAAGGAUGUUCCCAUAAAGAUUAAAGGUAAGGAAUUCCUAUCCAACCUGAUUGAAUUUGAAUUAGGAUACCUUGAAAUAAUUCCGGGAAUGGAUUGGUUAUGUCGUUAUCAUGCUGAGAUUCGAUGCCAGACACAAAAACUCCACUUGAAAACGACUCAAGGAGAGAUCGUAACCCAUUGGAGGCAUGGAAAACCCAAGCAUACUAAGAUCAUUUUUGUGGUGAAGUUGGCAAAAUAUAUGAAGAAGGGAAACCUAAUCUAUUUCUAUAGUGUGAGAAACUUGGAGUAUGAGGAACCAUCUAAACUAGAGGAUACUGAAAUAGUAAGGGAGUUUCUAGAUGUGUUUCCUAAAGAGAUUCCAAGUAUGCCGCCAAAAAGAACCAUAGACUUAGUACCUGGAACCGCACCUAUCUCUAAGGCAUCAUAUAGGAUGGUUCCUACUGAUAUGAGUGAAUUGAAAAGUCAAUCACAAGAUUUGUUGGAGAAGGGAUACAUAUGA